GUUGGCCGCCUGCUCCGCAAAGAACUUUUGAUCCAUAUCGUCCGUAACACGCAUCACGAACGAGAGACCGUUUCCGGGCACUAUGAGCAAUAUGGCACACGCGGACACGAACUGGAGGACGGUAAUGUCCAUCUCGUGCUGCUCGUUGGGAAAUAGGCUACACUCAGAACACUGCCAGCGACUCGCGGGUUCCUUUUAUUCGGUAAUCGCUAUCAAUUACCGAUGCAUAUUAGCCAGGCACCCGUUUGCUAUUUACGAUCCUCCCGAGUUCAGCGAAGCCUUCGGAAAAUGGCCAGCCAGAAACGACCAUUUAAAAGCUCGUUUGUAUUGUCAUUUUGAUGAUUGCACAACUGGACGCCCGCUUUCGAAUGAAAUAAUUUUUCAUUUCGCUUUUGUGUAGAAAAUGAAUGUAUGACGGAUCACCCGGAACCCGACGGCAAAAUCCACUCGCGAGCGACACAACAAACAGUAAUUGUUUUUGCGUCUUUGCCUUUUAGACCAUCCACAGGACAUCCCGAAGACACGAUGAGACACGGUACAGCACAGUACACGCGACACCGAACACCCCACAGAAAGGCGGAGUUGUCUCGAGUAGGACGACCCCUUGACAGCAAAAAAAAAAAAAACACACGCACAAGCACACGACUCAUCGGGAAAUCGUGGGAAAUCAAAUAGAGGCCCGGUUCACACACGAGACCGGCACGCGUACCAAACUGCUGCACCCCAGCGCAAGUGUGAGCUGCCGAGGGGUUGGGCCACCGAGAAGACCAGAGUGAAACGGCACCAUAUUGCAUGCGUCCUCUGCCGCACUGCACCGAGUCCUGUGCCAGGUUCGUCAACACAGGGGUGUGCCUGUGGAACCUAUGGCUGGAGGAAGGAUUUUCCCAAAAAAAAAGGGAACAUGGGAAAUGGGAAAAAGAGAACGAAACUUAAUGCUGCUUCGCCGUCGUUGUGUUGCUCUGCUGCUACAAGUGACGAAUCCACGUUCGGCAGUGGCCGGGACGGAUUGGCGAUGCGUUCCCACGAUUCUUGGGUCGUCGGAUUUUUAUCGCACCUGCCGCACGGGCGAAGGACAAUACGACAAGGGAAAGGAGGAGAUGCAUUGUCGUGAAAAGGACGAUAAAAAAUAAGCAUUUCUUAAUUUUAUUGUUCGCUUCCCGCACAAUUUCUGCAUUAGGAAAUGGAAUAGGAGUAGGAGAAGAAACACAACUAACAAAUGAAAUGUUAAGCUAGGACAAAGUGAUCUGAAGCAGUCCAAAGCCUAGAAACUUGCCAAUUGUAGAACUACGCUUGCGUGUCACCAUAGUUAGUGAUAUAUGUGGGACCUAAAUUGUUUGAUUAGAAUUUUUGAUCUGGUCUCGAAAAGAUCCUUCCGCAUAACGAGUUUACUUAUAAAGUCUGAAGCAGAUUAACGCCUUCGUUAUGACAGAAUUGACUAUGCAGCAGUUUUCUAAUCAGGGGCAACUUUCAAAUAUUCAACUUUUGAACACCUGUUCGUUACUAUGAAUUUUAUAGCUGGGGGAAGAAAUUGAAAUCCCAUUUUUUAUCAAGUCUCAUGUCUAAAAGCCCAAAUUACAGACCCUUCAUCUGAGGCUUCCUAUAGAUUAUCCUGAAGACAUACGGUCAACUGAGAUGAAGUUUUCCAAAUGACAAUGAAUCAGAAUGAGCAGCGGUCUCAGUAGGCUACCAAUAGUCACCAAUAGUUUUACUUUUCUUAAAGCAACCCAUGCCAAUGUUCCCAGCCGAGAGAACCAGAGCAGUGAUCUGAGAGAACUUUGCGACUUAAAUGGCAGAAUUUUCUUGCAUCUUCCCAUAAAUCAACCCUGACCACCGUCAAUCAGCUGAUGGAUUGCUUUCAAUACCGGAACCCACUUCCGCCGAGCAUCCCUCCCCUUUCCAUCUCCAAAGCGUGUACCUACACUUGCUCCUUCCAGACGCCAAGGUCAAGUGGCACCAGCGUUGUCGGGCAACAAGUGACCAUGAUGUGCAGCAGCCUGCAGAAACUGGAACACAGCAGAAGACGAUAAACAAAAACCGGGAGCCACGGUCGCCAUCCUGAAGCGGAAACGCGUGGCACACACCGUUUGGGGCCACACGCCGGUCCACGUGGCCAGUCGUCGUCAGGGUCGUCGUUUCGCCCAUCGCCCAUCCUCCGCUGUCGCACACGUUUCAUUCGCGUGUCAUCUCUUCAGCGUGCUUCACUCAAAGUCUCUCUUUCUCUCUCGGUCUCCCUCUCUCUCUCUCUUUCUAUUAUGCUCGCACAGUCUCGUUUGGUUUUAUGCUGCAUAGAAGCAUAAAUAGACAAACGUGUUCAUCCGUUCCAUUUGCCGCGCGUUUGUGGUGGGAGAACCCGGAAUGAACCUUUCCCUACGGAACCGAGUUCCCCCACCAUCAGCUUUGGGAUGAACGCUCGAAUGGAUUCGGAGCGUAGCAUAAAUGCAACAUAAAAGCCCCGAUCCGCUCGCCCCCUGCCCGCCAGCCUGCCAGUGCACCGCAGGCCAUCCCUUCGCCUUCGGGAAAUGGAAACACGGAACGGAGGGUCGCGUGGCGUUCGUGCGUACGUCGUUCGUCCCGGUCGGCGAUCUGUACGGCAUGGUAGGGCACGAAGUGGACGGGGUCACGAGAGCGGGAUCUGGUGCGGCAUCAUGCAUUGCAUGCGCUCGGCGUACGCUCAUUAAAUCAGUCGGACGCCGCUUACGCACAUGACAAGUCACGUGUAAGUCGUCGUCGCCCCGGAAGAGACAGUGUCGCGCGCGACUGGGCCUCAAACACCGGACCCAUAGAGACACACGCACAUAGUGUGCCAAGUGUGUGUGUGUUUUUGGCACACACUUGCGAUUAUCGGCUAUUGUUACAAAUUUUUGCCAAGUGCCACCGCCCACCCAACAUUAGUGGACUUUGCGGACAAGUGAAGGUGUAAAAGCGUUACACAAACAAGUGUUUAGAAUAUCGGACAAGCAUACGGCUGAUUGUUUCGUUGCCAACAAGAACAACACAAUUUGAGCAACAAAGUGAAAGUGAACGCGAAAAACCAAAAACUGAACGACAAAACAAUCAUGGAUCAUCAUCUCCCGCAUCAUCACCCGCACCAUCAUCACAGUACACCCCUGCACUGGGGCUACUCCACUGCGACGACGCCGAGUGCCACUUCGACGCCGACGCACGCCGGCCACAACACGUGGACACCGCCGUCGUCGAAAGGCAUCAAGCGAGCGCUGUCUGAGAGUGACUGUGAGGAUCUGUACUCGGAAGAAUCUUCAAAAGAGCAUACGUCACCGGGAGAAUCCGAUAGCUGUCAACUGUUGAGCCGCAAAAGGAGGCGCGGUGUGAUCGAGAAGAAGCGCCGUGACCGGAUCAAUUCCUCGCUCACCGAGCUGAAACGGCUCGUUCCGAGUGCGUACGAGAAGCAAGGAUCGGCCAAGUUGGAAAAGGCCGAAAUUCUACAACUAACAGUGGACCACCUAAAAGCGCUACAUGCACGAGGACUCGACGAUGCCAGCUACGAUCCGCAGCGGUUUGCCAUGGACUACCAUAUCAUUGGGUUUCGGGAGUGUGUGGCCGAAGUAGCUCGUUACCUCGUCACGAUCGAGGGAAUGGACGUGCAGGAUCCGCUCCGGCUACGACUAAUGUCCCAUCUCCAGUGCUUCGCCACCCAACGGGAACUCUCAUCCAAAGCCAAUGCUGCUGCAGCUACCAGUCCCGCUUGGUCUCACGGAAGUAGUACGGCCUAUCCUGUGGCUGCCGCAGCAGCAGCAGCAGCCGUCGCGUACCCGAGCACACACCAUGGUACUGGUGGCUAUUAUCCUCACCCGCAUCAAAACUACGGACCACCACAGAGUGCAACCGCACCGUACAUUCCACAGGUGGCCACUAUCCCCCCUCCGCACGAGCAUCUGCACCAGCAGCAGCAACAACAGCAACAACAACAGCAGCAGCAGCAGCAACAGCAUCAUCAGCAGCAACAGCUGACCGGACAUACCUCCACCGGUGCUUCCUCGGCAGCUACGGCCGCCAUUUACUCCACCAGUGCGCAAUUGCAUGAGCUGUACAGCAGUCAGCACGACUCAGCAACCUCCGGUCAGCAGCAGCAGCAGCAACAAUCGGACCAGCAGUCUGCUGCCGGCUCCUCCAAUGGAGCUCCGACAUACACGGAUCUGUCCAACAUCAAUCCGAACCGUGGUUUGUCCGCGUACGGCAAUCCGCAGUACCCGGUGAGCACCUCGACGCACGGAUACAGUGCGUCCACGAGCUCGUCGUACAACACGGCAGCUAAGCCGUACCGUCCAUGGGGUGCGGAGAUGGCAUGCUGAAGAGCGAGGUGAAGGUGGAGGCAAAAAGGUGAUAAGAGUACCUCUCCCUCUCGCGCUAUUAUGGCAUAGCAACCAAAAUGCGUGGAGCACAGUCGACGAGAGGAAAAAAGAAUCUUUCCCAUACCGGGAAUCGAACCCGGGCCUUCUGGGUGAAAGCCAGAUAUCCUAGCCACUAGACCAUAUGGGAGACUUGUGAGAGGGCUACUCUCAUUCGUAUUUGUUCCACGCUCCCUGAACGUUGCCUUCGCAAUGUAGUGAACAACGUGAUUCUGCCAAAGAUAACUGCCAUUUUAGAAGACGCGCGAGAUUUCAUACGCCAGGAUCUCUUUUUUCCAAAGCAAGCAACAUCCAACGACUUAUAUUCUCAGGUGUAGAAAGUGUAUGCAAAAACGAAAGCAUAUCGAACAACACAGUUCAGUGUCCACACUCUCCUCUGGAUAGGGGAAUAUCAUAUUUUUCUAAGCUUUAACUGCAAGGUAGCACUUAAACAAAGGUGUCCUUAAGAACCGUUCUAUUUUGUAUAUACACAAGUGUGACUGUGAGCGAGUGAGUUUAGUACCUAUCGAUUAAGGAAACAGCGAGAAUAGAUAAAAAAGGAACUAUUUAUUAAACUAAACAGAGGGACGUCCCAUCCCACAGGGUUGAACCCCCCGGGGCAGGGUGCACGACGUUUGUCCCAAAAACAGCUCCCGACACUCGUUACGAAACGUUUGUUUAGCCUGUAAGUGAACCCAAUCGAGUCAAUUAGUUUAUAAGCAAUCUUUUCACUUAUCAUUAGGCAUAGAUAGAGAGAUAGAUGAACGUUCCGUUCGCGUACCAAUGAGAUAUGCAUAUUGACACCCAAAGAAACGUAAGAUGUGAUUUGUGGACGCCACAUUUCGCAACCGAAAACAAACAGCAGUACCAAAACGCUGCACGCAAUGCACGGCAAAACACAAAGAGCAUUUUACAUAUUUUUAUACGCGUAUUUUAAGCUGGAGGAACUAUACAACCGAACCAAAAACAGAUUAUUAAACAACCGUUUGAAGUUUUAAACAAAA